GCCACGGUAGGCAGCAUGAGCGGCCAGAUCUCAGCCACUCAGGCUUUGGCCCACGAUGGCAGCUUCAGCACACAGUGCUCCAACGUGAACAGCGGCUACUCUGGGGAGAUCGUGACCACCUGUUACUUGGGCAGCUUGGUGGUCAACUCCACCCAGUGCCAUCCGUCCCCUUGCGCGGCCGGAAGCGCCGCCACGGUGACGUUGGCCAACGUGGACAGCACGCACAACUCCCAGGCGAUCACUGCGCAUGAUGGCAGCUAUUCGGCCAACUGUGCGGAUCAUGGCGACUUCUAUGGAAGCUUCCAGGUGACCUGUGCUUAUGGCGCUUUGACUGUUGAUACCUCGACCUGUGUGGAGAAUCCUUGUCUCAGCAGCGCAUCUGCAGAGGUGAAUGUUGGAGGCAUCACAGCCAGUCGCUCUCCAGCUGCAGAGGUAGUGCAUGGAAGUACCUGGACUGCCCCGUGCAUUGAUAUCAAUUGGGACUACGCGGGUGACGUUCACAUGCCCCUCAGAUAUGACAACUCCAGCUGCAUCCUCAUGGAGUUGGGAUGUCAAACCACAGGUGGAGAGAACAUCACAGUGGGCAACUACACUUGGGUCCUGCAGCCCAGCAGCAACGUGCUGAAGGAUGAGAGCUUCCAAGUGGAUUGCGCCAGCCACACGGAGCAGAAGUUCGUGGGCGAGAUUCGGGUGACCUGUGGUCGCUUGGGGAACUACUCCAGUGGCCCGACGAAGCCGACGAAUGGGUCAAGGCACUGGUGA